AUGAGUGCGGAGAACAGAGCGGCCCGUCUGCAGGCGCCGCAUUAUGUAGUCCGCGACGUCCGUGCCGCAUAUUGCCGAGUCCCCUUUGGACAUAUCUAUUCCAUCGCCACCAUGUCGGUUGUGCUACUAUGCCUCCUCCUCGCGCUAGCGCCACACGCUCAGUCGCACGCGCCGCAGUCUUUCGCGACCCGCCGUGAAGAAGGCGCGUGCUGGGCGUUCGCCGCAGCGGGCGCCGUGGAAGGCGCGUACUACGCGCUGUCGUCGCAACUGCCGCCGAACUCGUCGCUGUCGUCGCAGCAGCUGGUGGACUGCGCCCCGCUCAACACGAGCACGGUGCCAUCAGCGCUGCGCAUCCAGCUGUACGAGCAGGUGCCGCUGCCCGGCGCGCUGGGGCUCAUUCUCGCCGUGCAGAAGCAGCCCGUUAUAGUCACGCUGCACGGCUCGCACCCCUCGUUCGCCACAUACACGGGCGGGCUGUAUGCGGACGAGACGUGCUUCGACCCUGCAAGGCCCGUGCUGGACCACGCGGUGCUGGUGGUGGGGUACCGCUUCACGGCGCCAGGCGCGAGCGACAACCAUUUCGUGCUGCGCAACAGCUGGGGGCCUGGGUGGGGCGAGGACGGGUACAUGCGCGUGGCCGUCAGCAGCGCGCAGUACGGAGGCAUCUGCGGCAUGACGUACAACCUGGGGGUCUACCCCGUGCUGGACCCCCAGAAGCAGGCUAACCCGUGCACAUCAUGCGGAGGGGGCGCUUGCAGUAGUGGUGGGUCCAGCAGCAGUGCAGCCGUGAUAGAGAGCAGCAUCAAAUCGGCCGCGUUGGGGAUGGACAGCAGCAGCAGCAGCAGCAGCAGCAGCAGCAGGUCGUUGAUGGCUGCAGCUCGUGCUAUCUUCGCUGCUGUGAAGAGCAGCAAGGCGUUUGAGAAGAUGAGAGGGGCAGCUGCUACUGCUGCUGCACGCUCCAAGGCACCUGCUGCUGCCACCACUAAAGGCACUAAGAAGAACUCUGCUCUUGUAAAGCCGGGCUCUUCUCUGCUGCCCUCUGCCCCUUCAUGGCCUUCCUCCUCCUCCGCUACCUCCGCCUCCUCCUCCUCUGUCUCCUCCUCCACCUCUUCAUCCUCGCUCUCCUCCAACCAGCAACCUCCCGGUCCUCUCCUAAAGCUCGUGAACCCAUACGCGACAUACUAUAUCGCGCCAACUCCCCCGCCUCCUCGCCCCCCCCCGCCCCAGCCCCCGCCUCCGUCCCCGCCUCCCUCGAUCAGCACCCCGCCUGACAGCAUGGCGUGCCCGCCCUCCCCCCCUCCCCCGCCGUCGUACGGAGGGUACAAUUGCUUCUGUGGGCCGGAGGACGCAUGUGCAGCGUUCACGAGCAACCCGUGUGGGGGUGGUGCGUGUGUGAACGACGGUGAGGGAGGGUACACGUGUGUGUGUCCGCCCAACUACAUGCGCAGCACCCUCAGCUCCGGCGCCCCCACCUGCGUGCCUCGCAUGGCGGGCAAGAGCAGCACGUACCAGGUGGUGGGCGGCGAGACAUGCUAUGACAUCUACGUCUUCUUCGGCCUCUCCCAGGACAGCUUCCUGCAGCAGAACGCCGGCAUAGACUGUGACAACCUGCAGGAGGGCAUGGUGCUGUCUGUGCGCCCAGACGACGACGCCCAGCAGAGCUGCCGCACCAGAUACCCCAUCUCCCUGGUGGACAGCCUAGCAUCGGACUGUUCAGCCAUAGAGGACCGCUUUGGCGUGGACGUGAUUUCACUUAACCCAGGCAUCGACUGCUCACACCUUGUGCCUGGCCACCAGGUGUGUGUGGAGCGGGGGAAGAGCAUGGCGGGCAUGGAGGAGCACCGCAUGUGCACCAAGUACCAGCGCGUGGACGUGGGGGACACGUGUGAGAGCCUCAUCGACAGCAACGGCCUCUCGUGGCUGUCUCUGUUCCGCCUCAACCCGGGCCUGCUUUGCGAUAACCUCAACGGGCUUAUAGACCAAGAGAUCUGUGUGGCAGGGCACCCCGUGGGCGCAGUGGUGUGUGGGAAGCCGGUGCAGGGAGUGAAGAACCGGCGGUACACGGUGAACGCGGGCGACAGCUGUGCGUCGCUGGUGGUGGUGCAAUUCCAGCGCCAGCCGCCGCUCGUGCCGCUGCUCAACCGCGGGUGGAUGUGCCGCCAGCAGUCGCUUUUCAAAGGCAUGCCGCUCUGCAUUCCCUCUUGA